AUGAGCAUUAGACUUCACAACCCGUUUAUUGGGGCUGCACCUCCAUGCUGUGUAAAUGGAAGACUUAAUCGCAGAUCAGUUUAUGGGGACAAAGUAAAACUACCCAAAGAUUUUUUUCACAAGUGUACAUGUGCAAAUAAAAAUAAUUGGAUUCCUCACGGGAUCAAACUGUCUCAUUUUUGUGGUAGAAAUGUAGAGCUAUUAUGGAGGAGCAGUUUGAUGGUGAAAUGUGUACAAGAACCUUUUGCUCGUAGUAAAGCUCUGGUUAAAUCAUUGUCUCCAUUGUGGGAAGAGGGGUUAUUUAUAGUCCGGUGCUCUAUUUUCUGUGCUGUGAUAUCUGGGGUGUGCUUGUUGGUAUGGUAUGGGCAGUCGAAAGCCAAAAGUUAUGUUGAAGCCAAGCUUCUGCCUUCUGUAUGUUUGACACUAAGUGAUUAUAUACAACGUGAACUUGAUUUUGGCAAAGUUCGAAGUAUUUCACCUUUAAGCAUUACCUUGGAAUCGUGCUCAAUUGGGCCUCAUAAGGAAGAGUUUUCCUGCGGGGAGGUCCCCACAGUUAAACUACGGGUUCUUCCGUUUGCGAGUCUAAGGAGGGGAAAGAUUGUGAUUGAUGCUGUUUUGUCUAAUCCAACUUUGUUGAUUGCUCAAAAAAAGAAUUAUACUUGGUUAGGAAUACCCUUCACCGAUGGCAUUGCACAGAGGCACUUGUCAACUGAAGAAGGAAUUGAUUAUCGGACGAAAACUAGGAGAACUUCUAGAGAGAAAGCAGCUGCUCACUUUGUCCAAGAGAGAGAUGAUGCAGCUAGGAAAGCUGCAGACAAGGGUUAUGUUGUUGCUGAUGGAGGUUCCAUUCCAUUUGGGGUUGAUGUUCUGAAGGAGAAUGCAAGCCCUCCGAUGAGGUUAGUAACCUCAGAGCCUUUCUUUUGCAUGGAUGAGAAACUGCACUGGCGAGAUCAUCACUGCAUGGAUGCAGGUGUGGAGUAUGACUUAAAACAUGCAGAUUUAGAGAAAUCGUUUGGCGUAAGGAUUCCAGGCUCUGGAUUUAAAUUUUUGUCUGGAUUUAUACCGGGCCCCCUAAGGCAUAAAUUUAAGAGGAAGCCUAAUGGGAGAGAUAUAUCCAGAGCUGGUAUUACAGCUAAGAGAAGAAUUCUUGAGCGUAGUGCAUCAGCAGCUUGUGCGUACUUCCGUGGUCCGUCUCCUGGGAUAGGGGAUCAUAUUCAGUCAUCUGGAGGUUCUGAAGUUUUGAAUCUUGAGACUCUUCUUGUGAGAGGUGAGAGUAAUCCUACUGCCUCUGUUUCUGCAGUUGCUAGCUAUGACGAAGAUAUGGGAGCUGAUGAUCAGGAUGGGCCACAUAAUCUUGGUGAGGGCGACAAUUGUAAGAAUGGAGAGUUUGAAGCUGCAGUCGAUUAUUCAACUAGUAAGGGAAUGUCAGACCCGGGGAACAACAUGGGUAAUGAUCUUGAAGGUGGAGAAAAUUCAGGAAUCCAACUUUUUCCUGAGGGGAAACAUUCUAGUUAUCAUGUUAGUAGUUUCAGUUGUAUUCGUGAUCCCUUUCUUUUCACUCUAUGUAGACUAAGUGCAGUUAGAAAUUCCAGGGAAAGAUUUUCCUUUGGAAGUGGUGUUGUGGGAGCUGCAAAAACCAACAGUUGUGAUGUAAAUAUUGAAUAUUUAGGAGUUGAUACAGGUGUUGAUUCCAGAGGUGUAUCCAGCAGAGUGGGAGGGGAGAUGCAAGAGUCUUGUUGUAAUACAUCAGUUAGUCAAGGAGGUCAUGCGUCUGAAGAUUCCAAAUUCUUGAAGCUUGACUGUUCAUCUGCACUUGAUCACUCAAAAUAUACUGGGUCCUUGAGCCUCAAAUCAGGUUUAUCUUUUUUGCAUAGAAGCAUGGGAGAACUGUGGUCUUAUCUACUUGCUGGUCCUGUUCAAAGGCUGAAGUCAGAUAUGGGUUCAAAAGUUGAAGAUAUCGUCACAGAACUCGUUGAUGGGCUAGGCGAAGAGCAGACUUUGGGCAUUGAGAAAAUGCUUCCAGUUACUCUUGAUACUGUCCAUUUCAAAGGCGGAACAUUGAUGCUACUAGCAUAUGGUGAUACGGAGCCUAGAGAGAUGGAGAAUGCCAAUGGACAUGUAAAGUUUCAAAAUCACUAUGGGCGUGUGUAUGUCCAGCUGAGUGGCAGCUGUAAGAUGUGGGGAUCAGAUGUGGCAUCUGAAGAUGGUGGCUGGUUGUCAUCAGAUGUUUUUGUUGAUAUUAUGGAGCAGAAAUGGCAUGCCAAUUUGAAAGUAGUGAAUCUCUUUGCUCCGCUUUUUGAAAGGAUUUUAGAAAUUCCAAUCAUGUGGUCUAAAGGGAGAGCCAGUGGUGAGGGAGUUGUUGGACUGUUGAAGGGGGAGCUGCCCAAGGAGGGGGAUGUGGGCGUUGUGGAAUUUGAUUUAUUUAGCAUUAUUUUGUCUGUUCACAUAUGCAUGUCAAGAGGAGAGACUUUUCCUAAUCUUCAUGGACAGCUUGAUGUGACAGGGUUGGCUUUUCAAAUAUUUGAUGCUCCAUCAUGGUUUUCUGACAUUUCUGCAAGUUUAUGUUUUCGUGCUCAACGAGUGUUUUUACACAAUGCAAGUGGCUGGUUUGGUAAUGUCCCUUUAGAAGCGUCGGGAGAUUUUGGCAUUGAUCCAGAGGAAGGAGAGUUUCACCUGAUGUGUCAGGUUCCCUCUGUUGAAGUAAAUGCCUUGAUGAAAACGUUCAAGAUGAAGCCUUUGCUAUUUCCGUUGGCUGGUUCGGUAACAACCGUUUUCAACUGUCAAGGCCCCUUGGAUGCUCCUAUAUUUGUCGGAAGUGGAUUGGUUUCAAGGAAGAUAACUCUUUCAGUUUCUGAUAUUCCUGCGUCUGCUGCAUAUGAGGCAAUGUUGAAUAAUAAAGAGGCUGGUGCGGUGGCAGCAAUUGAUCGUGUUCCAUUUUCUUAUAUUUCAGCCAAUUUCACUUUUAACACUGAUAACUGUGUUGCUGACUUGUAUGGAAUCAGAGCUAGCCUUGUUGAUGGUGGUGAAAUUCGUGGGGCGGGUAAUGCAUGGAUAUGCCCUGAGGGUGAGGUUGAUGACACAGCUAUGGAUGUCAACUUUUCGGGGAAUAUAGGCUUUGAUAGAAUUAUGCAUCGAUAUCUGCCUGCUUAUUUUCAACUGGUGCCUCUUAAAUUAGGGGAAUUAAAUGGUGAAACAAAACUUUCUGGAUCCUUAUUGAGACCGAGGUUUGACAUUAAAUGGACUGCACCAACAGCUGAAGGAUCACUUACUGAUGCUCGAGGAGAUAUCAUAAUUUCACAUGAUUAUAUUACAGUUAGUUCUUCGUCGGCUGCUUUUGAAUUGUAUACCAAAGUUCUAACAUCUUAUCAGGAUGAAUACCCGUCAAACCAGAGAGAGUAUGAUGUGAGGGCUGCAGUUCCAUUAACUGUUGAAGGAGUCGAAUUGGAUUUAAGAAUGCGUGGUUUUGAGUUAUUCAGCUUGGUCUCUUCAUAUGCUUUUGAUUCUUUAAGGCCUGUGCAUUUGAAAGCAGCCGGAAGGGUUAAGUUUCAAGGAAAGGUUAUUAAGCCUUUUAGCAUCACUGAUGAGGAAGUCUUGGGUACUGAGAAGAAUAUGGAAGAUGUGCAAAUGGAAGGUCAUAGGGACACCCAAAGUCUUGUGGGUGAGGUUUCAAUCUCAGGUCUUAAACUGAAUCAGUUGAUGCUGGCACCUCAAUUAGCUGGAAUGUUGAGCAUCUCAGGUCAGGGUAUCAAGUUGGAUGCCACAGGUAGACCAGAUGAAAGUCUUCUGAUGGAAUUUGUAGGACCAUUACAGCAUGGUGCUGAAGAAAAUGUGCUUGGAAAGGUGUUGUCUUUCUCUCUUCAAAAGGGGCACCUAAAAGCUAAUGUGUGCUACCGACCACUACAUUUAGCUAACCUGGAGGUACGCCAUUUGCCACUUGAUGAACUGGAGCUGGCUUCACUUCGGGGAACAGUUCAACGGGCAGAACUUCAACUUAACUUUCAGAAAAGAAGGGGUCAUGGAGUGUUAUCUGUACUUCGACCAAAAUUCAGUGGCGUGUUGGGCGAAGCUUUAGAUGUGGCUGCUAGAUGGAGUGGGGAUGUUAUUACUGUUGAGAAAACUGUUUUGGAACAAAGCAAUAGCCAGUACGAGCUUCAAGGUGAAUAUGUGCUGCCCGGCACCCGAGAUCGAAACCCUUCGGGAAAGGAAAGAGGUAGCAUGUUCCGAAGAGCAAUGACAGGUCAUCUUGGCAGUGUGAUAUCUUCCAUGGGGAGAUGGAGAAUGAGACUUGAUGUUCCUCGAGCUGAAAUUGCUGAGGUGCUUCCACUUGCAAGACUUAUUUCUCGAAGUACUGAUCCUGCAGUUCAAUCCCGAUCAAAGGUUGUUCUCUACUUAAAUGUGAAGGAAAUCUUAACUGUCAUGGACCUCUUCAUACAAAGUUUGCAGUCUGUGGGUUUAUAUGGUGAAAGCCUUCAAAAGCUGCUUGAGGAUAUUCGGGGGCAUUCUGUUCCAUCUGAUGAAGUUAUAUCUGAAGACUUCAAUCUUCCAGGGUUAGCCGAACUUAAAGGCCGCUGGUGUGGCUCUCUAGAUGCAAGUGGUGGAGGCAAUGGAGACACAAUGGCAGAUUUUGACUUUCAUGGGGAGGAAUGGGAAUGGGGAACAUACAAAACUCAACGUGUUCUAGCAGCUGGUGCUUACAGCAAUGAUGAUGGUUUGCGCCUUGAGAAAAUUUUUAUCCAGAAGGAUAAUGCCACAAUCCAUGCAGAUGGGACUUUAUUUGGGCCAAAAACCAAUUUGCAUUUUGCUGUUCUGAAUUUUCCUGUUAGUCUAGUCCCUACUUUGGUUCAGGUUAUCGAAACUUCAGCCACUGAUGCUGUUCAUUCUUUGCGGCAAUUUUUAGCACCAAUAAAGGGGAUACUGCACAUGGAAGGGGAUCUUAGAGGAAGCCUUGCUAAACCUGAAUGUGAUGUGCAAGUAAGGCUCCUGGAUGGUGCAAUGGGGGGCAUUGAUCUUGGGCGAGCUGAAAUUGUUGCCUCCCUAACCUCAACCAGUCGUUUUCUGUUCAAUGCAAAGUUUGAACCCAUUAUCCAAAAUGGCCAUGUUCACAUUCAAGGAAGUAUACCUGUAACCUUUGCCGAAAACAACAUUUUGGAUGGAGAAAAUGUGGAAAGAGACAAAAGUGAAGCAACUUGGAUUCGUGGUUGGGGCAAGGAGAGGAGUAAAGAGUCUGCAGAUGAAGCUAGUGAUAAGAAAUCCUUCAGAGAAAGAACUGAAGAAGACUGGAAUACUCGGUUGGCAGAAAGCCUCAAAGAUUUGAACUGGAACAUAUUGGAUGUAGGAGAAGUUAGGAUUGAUGCUGAUAUUAAAGAUGGGGGCAUGAUGUUGUUAACAGCUUUAUCUCCUUAUGCCAACUGGCUCCAUGGCAAUGCUGAAGUUAUGCUCCAGGUUAGAGGUACAGUUGAGCAACCAGUGCUUGAUGGAUCUGCAUCUUUCCACAGGGCAACGAUAUCUUCUCCUGUACUCCGUAAACCACUCACAAAUUUCGGUGGCACAGUUCUCGUGAAUUCGAAUAGGUUAUGCAUUAGUUCUUUGGAGAGUAGAGUAAGUAGAAAGGGUAAACUCUCCUUGAAAGGAAACCUGCCCCUCAGAACCAGUGAAGCAUCCCUUGGCGAUAAAAUUGACUUGAAAUGUGAAGUACUGGAAGUGCGGGCAAAGAAUAUUUUAAGCGGUCAGGUUGAUACUCAGUUGCAAUUAACUGGUUCCAUAUUGCAACCAAACAUUUCUGGCAAGAUUAAGUUGAGCCAUGGAGAAGCAUAUUUACCACAUGAUAAGGGUGGUGGAACUGCUCCUUUUAAUAGAGACGGAUCAAAUCAAUCGAAGCUUCCAAGUGGCGGUUACAAUCAAGCGGUUGCUUCAAAAUAUGUCUCACGUUUUCUCAAUUUAAAGCCUGCUGCUUCAAGAGCUACAUUUCUACAACCAUCAGUGGAGUAUCCAUUCUUAGCUAGUAAUGGGCUUGUUGAUCAGCAAAUCUGGAUGUCCACUUGGCCUAUGCCUCUAAAGCGGCAAACAGUUUUAUGGAUAUGA